AUGAUAAUCUACACGAUCUUGUUUGUCUGGCUUUGGGCUCGUUAUUGUAAUAAUAAAAAUUGUUGGUAUCAAUUAGAUAUACUCACGGUUUAUUUUCUUGUUUGGCAAUUUAUUUAUCUUAUGUGUAAAUGGGAAUUUUAUGAACUUUCAUGGCCUCUUUUAAUUCUUCAACAAGCAUCAGGUUGUGUAUCUACUUCUGUUACAAUAUUUUUCUCUUAUGACAUUGCUUAUCGUUAUAUACCAUUUCAAUUCAAAAUUGGCUUUCUGUGGCUAUUUUCAUUAUAUGACAUGUAAGUGCAAUAAAAAGUCAUUUUACUAUAUAAUCUUUGAAAAUUAAAUUAAAUAAAAAAAUUGAAUCUUGUCGUAUUUUUUCACACUGUAGUUCUGUAAUUUUCUAGUGUUGCAUGUCUUUACAUU